UUUUUUGGAAGGUGGUGUCGGUAAACACACUUUAAUAAUACUUUAAUAUUACAAUUUUUUUUUGGAAGGCGGUGUCGGUAAACACACUUUAAUAAUACCGAGCGUCAAUUAAUUUUCUUGAAGCAAAUAACUUGAUAGUAUACAACUAUUAUAAGCUUUAUAGUUAUGGCAAAUAUACUCGAUGGAAAAGAGUUGGCUAGGAAAAUUCGAAAUAACAUCAAGUUAGAUGUAGAAAAACUUAUUUCUGAAAAAGGCGUUACUCCAGGAUUGCGUAUAGUACAGGUUGGAAAUAGAGAAGACUCAAAUGUGUAUGUUCGAACCAAGCUAAAAUUUGCACAAGAGCUAGGGAUGAAUGCGAGUAUUAUUAAGCUUCCGGAUACAGUCACUGAAUCUGAGUUGAUUCAAAAAAUUCAUGAAUUAAAUGAUGAUCCACUUGCUCAUGGUAUAAUUGUGCAGCUCCCCCUGGAUUGUAAAACAAAGAUUACAACAUUUCAUGUAACAAAUGCUGUCAUCCCUGAGAAAGAUGUUGAUGGCAUCAAUGACGUAAAUGCUGGUCGCUUGGCUCGAGGUCAAUUUAAAAAAUGUUUUGUUUCUUGUACGCCUGCAGGUUGCAUGGAGCUUAUAAAGUCUACAGGUAUAAACAUCACUGGUCUUGAUGUUGUUGUGUUGGGUAGAAGUACAAUUGUGGGUUCCCCAAUGGCUAAUUUAUUGACUUGGCAUGAUGCCACAGUAACCAUAUGCCAUUCUCGAACUAGAGCACUAAAAGAAAAGAUUUUACUGGCUGACAUUUUAGUUGCAGCUGUGGGUGUUCCUGAGCUUGUUAAGGGUGAUUGGUUAAAACCAGGUGCAAUUGUAAUCGAUGUUGGCAUAUCUGCUGUACCAGAUGCGACAAAGAAAAAAGGACAACGUCUAGUUGGAGAUGUUGACUACCUUGAUUGUGUUAAAAAAGCAAGCUGGAUAACCCCUGUACCUGGAGGAGUUGGACCAAUGACUGUUGCUAUGCUUUUAUCCAAUACAGUAGAAAGUUGCAAACGAUUUUCAAACAGCAAUCAGCAUCUUCAGGCUGGUUUCGGAUUAAGCUAUAGCACGUUGAUGUCAAUAAAGAAUCUAGCAAAAAAGUUUCGUUUUUAACGAUAUUUUAAGAUAUUGUUUGUGGAAUCAAAUAAACAAGAGUUUAUCAUUUAUAAACCAUUUCUCUGAUUAAAUAUUUUUAUUUGUGCUGUGUUGUAAUAUCAAUAUAUUUUCAAUGUGUUUUUGUAAAUUUUUAUACUUUGUACAAGUAAAUCAAAUGAUUUUGUAACUAAAUGAAAUAAAUUGAUUGUAAAGUGUUUCUUAA